AUGAUCUCCAUCUUCCUCGGCCUGGUUGCAAACUUUGUCAUCCUCAUCGGAUGCAUUUCCCCUGCCACCCAGUCUAUUUACCUGUUCUGCGUUAGUAGCCAGGACCUCGUCGACGCUGCCACGAACACAAGCCGAGUGUCGGCCAAGGAUCUCCGCAUUGAUGAGCUGCCGGGCCACUGGUACUGGGGCCUCUCUGACAUCUGCGCAAUUUAUCCCGACGAAAAGACACCAACCUGCCAACGUUCCUUGCCACCCACAAUGACCAUCGAAGACAUGGUCACCUUUGCCGUCAAGACCAAGAUGUCCGACAAAGCUUCUGAAUCAUCUAUAGCCAAGCACAUCAAGCCCUGGACAAAUGCCCUAUCCCAAAUCCAAGAUGGCCUCCCCUCGCCCUCCCGUCCCGAGUCACUCCCCAAGGGCGCAGUCGCUCUGUCCCUCAUAUCGACGCUCCUCUCAUUCCUCGUACUCCCACUGGCUGUCCUCUCGCUGAGCACUCUCCGCGGCAGACUUCAACGCUGGGUCUAUUAUUGCAUCGCCAUGGUGGACACGAUGGACUGCCUCGGCGUGGGGAUCCUCGUCAUCUACGCUAUGAAUGACGGUCCUCGCUCGUUGAUCCAGUUGUCUGGCAUUGGCCAGGGGAAUGAGCGAACAUUUGUAGGCCCUGGCUUCUAUGUUCAGUUUGCUGGUGCCUUGUUCAAGCUCAUCUCCAUCGGCAUCUUCUUCUCCACUGCUUUCAUCAUUGUCUUCAUCAUUGUCAUAAUGAUUGUCUUUGCCAUCAUUGCUUGCAUAUCAGAGAUAAUCAACAGUGAUUCAAGCAGCGGAAGCAAGGAGAUUGUCGUUAUUGAAGUUCCAAGAUAUGAUGGAGAGAAGUGA